AUGAUUGUUCCUGUCACACAUCAAUGCCCUUUCUUUGUGAUUGACACUACCUGUUGCUAUGAGACAUUAUAUGUUUUAACUAAUGCUAGUAUCCUUUUAUCUUCUCAGUUGCCUGAUUUUUUGGAGAGCUUGAAGGUGAAGAAAAUUGUUUUGGUGCAUGGUGAAGGGUUUGGGGCAUGGUGUUGGUACAAGACUAUUGCUUCAUUGGAAGAGUCAGGACUAUCUCCUGUUACACUUGAUCUCGCUGGAUCUGGAUUUAAUAUGACAGACGCAAAUAGCGUCUCCACCUUAAGAGAAUACUCGGAACCGUUGAUCGAGCUCCUUCAAAAUCUUCCUGAGGAAGAAAAGGUGAUACUGGUGGGUCACAGUACUGGAGGUGCGUGUGUUUCAUAUGUGUUAGAGCAGUUUCCAGAGAAAAUCUCAAAAGCUAUAUACUUAUGUGCCACUAUGGUUUCUGAUGGACAAAGACCUUUCGAUGUAUUCGCUGAUCAGCUUGGUUCUGCAGAACGGUUUAUGAAAGAGUCACAGUUCUUGAUCUAUGGAAACGGCAAAGAAAAGCCUGCAACAGGAUUCAUGUUUGAGAAGCAACACAUGAAGAGCUUGUACUUCAAUCAGUCACCCAAUAAGGACAUUGCAUUGUCGAUGAUCUCAAUGCGACCUGUGCCAUUGGGUCCGAUGAUGGAGAAACUGUCGCUUACUAGAGAAAGAUAUGGGAAAGGUCGGAGAUUCUAUGUUCAUCAGACUCUUGAUGACUUGGCUCUCUCACCGGACGUUCAAGAGAAACUUGUGAGAGAGAAUAGUCCCGAAGGAGUUUAUAAGAUCAAAGGAAGUGAUCAUUGUCCUUUCUUCUCCAAACCUCAGUCUCUUAACAAGAUCCUUCUUGAGAUCGCUCAGAUUCCUUAA